CUCUUGUCCAGCAGAGAGCGGAAAACUCUCCUUGCAACAUGGUUCCCUCUCUCUCCCUGUCUCCCUCUCUCCCCCCUUCUCUCUCCCUCUCUCUCCCACCUCACAUUUGCCCGUACCAGAGCUCUCCGACUGGCAACCAACUAGAGCAUUGUGUCUUCUUGGCAGAAGAGAGUGGGGGAUACACAGAGCGGUGAAAAUGAGAGAGAGAGAGAGAAAGUGACGGAGGUGAGAAUGACAUAUGGAGGGAUGGAAGACCCCCGCACCGUCCGUCCUCAUGCUAUGACUGUGUCUUCGUUCAAAGGAGCAACUUCACAAGAAAAAAAACAAAUAUGUACAGUGGGACCUCCGGUGCGUUUUAUUCUGCCUACAUUUCUCUGUGAAGAUUUGAGACUUUUAUUAUUAUUUUACUCCUGAUUAUCAAUUUUCAGAGGGACUCGUCUAAGUAUGAGGAGUUAUUUUGAGUGGUGUCAGACGGUUUGGCUCCAAUUCUGAACUCAGAGAUUGACAGACAGAGAGACAGACAGACAGUGACAGGCGUCAGUGGAGUGUGAGCCACCUGAAGGAGGAGGAGGAAGAGGAGGAGGACGUCGUGCCUCCACAGAUCACUUGAACUCUGACGGAUUUUGCAGGACAAGCAGAUGAGCCACAUGGAUGUCAUGAUGUAUCUACUCCCUGAUAUCAAUCCAAUCUUCACUGGUCUGGGAUGUUCUAAAUGCUUUAAAGGAUUUUGACUCUCACCCUCAAAAUACACACAGACAGACGACAGACAUAACGACAGACAGACCCGUUACGAGCAGCCACUGGAGACUCGUCUGAAAAGUAGAAUCUGCUGCUCAGGAUGUACUGUACGGAAAAUACAGUCAUCCAGUUCAAAUUAGAGAGAAAAAACCCCACCUUGGCUCCAGGCUGCACCCAGAGACGAUACCACAGAAGUGGCUCCGCAUUCGUGACUGCAACACAGAAAUAAACACGUUUUGUGUCAGUGGCGCCUUCAAUGAUAGUCAAGAAAGGGUGUGAAUACAGUCUCACUCACACUUCAGAGACAGCUACAGUCAGACAGCAGCCAUCAGAGGUGGGAAUGAUGGGUAAUAGGGCUGGAUCAGAGGCGGGCUGGAGCUCUAUUAGGGGCACAAUCCAUAAUCUAGAUUAAUGGAUUGAAAACUAAAAUUAUUGCAAAUUCUGACAGGGGAGUGGAAGGAAGAGGAAUUAUAAGGAUAAUCAGUCGCCUUUACAGAAAAGACACAUAGAUUUCUCUUGGAGAGAUUUAAAAAAGGGUUUUGUAGGACAAGCUGCAGGUUGUACACGUGAAUGUGUCGGUUACUCUCAUACACACAUAGAGACGCCACAGAGACGCACACUCACAGCACACACACACUGGGCAGCUGAGAGGAACACAAGUGUGGGAUUCCCUCCGGGACUUCACCACCAUGAAGGAAAAGCAGAACCCCACCACCCCACCUGCCUCACCCCCCAGCCUACCUCGUCCCCCCUCCUCCUCCUCCUCCUCCUCUUCCUCCUCCCCAACCUGUCGGUCUGUGGAGCAGCACAGCCCCUCCCAGAACCACACUUCAGCUUCUUUGGACGCUGUCGGCAGCCCGUGUCCUGCUAACAAGACAGGGCAAACAGAUGUCCCCGCCACCGACUCCGUCCAGUCCUCCAUCACCUCAACGACGGUGUUAACCAAUCACCACGCGGAUAAAGCUGCUGCCUGUGAUCCCAUCGUCAUGGAGACCAAGCAAGGGCAGCGGCAGAGGCAAGGGGGGGCUCUGACGACCACCAAGGCCCCGGCUACUUCAGCCAACAGGUCCCCAACUCUUUCUUCUCCACCUCCGCUCCUCCCAGCACCAGCCAAGACUUCCCCGUGUCUGGUCCCACCUCCAACCUCCACCCCAGCUUUCACCAUGUCCUCCUCAUCAUCUCCUCUUCCUCCCCACAUUCCAGUCAUCAGUCUCGCUCACAGCAAACCCCCUCUGCCGCUGCCACACACCCCUUUGACCGCCCUCCAUCCAAUUCCCAGCCUCCUACAUGGGCAUCAUGGGGACAUUCGCCGCAGCCAGCAGACCUGUUUGACUAUGGCAAGCCCUGGGGGUCCCGGGAUCUCUGGCGGUCCUGGAGGCCCCUCAGCUCCCUCCCCGGGGCUCCUGUUGCCUCAGCAGUACCUGCCUGCGCACCCCUUCUUCACCAGUUCUUACCUGGGUUCCUCGGGAGGAAACUUUGGCAUCAUCAACAACAGCCGUAUCAAGAGGAGACCCUCGUCACACUUUGAGAUGGAGAUCAGUGAAUGCCCACCUCAGAAACUCGCCCGUCGUGUCUUCACCAACAGUCGUGAGCGCUGGCGACAGCAGAACGUGAACGGGGCUUUUUCUGAGCUCAGGAAACUCAUCCCCACACAUCCGCCCGACAAGAAGCUCAGUAAGAAUGAAAUCCUCCGUCUGGCUGUGAAGUACAUCAACUUCUUGGUCACUCUGCUCAAUGACCAGGCUGAGGACAAGAGCAGAGACUCGGCUGAGGAAGAGGCCGAGGAUGGAGGUGCCUCAGCAGAGUCGGACUGUGGCAAACCGAACUCCAUUUUUCAGUCACGCGCCGCCCCGCCAUCUUCGGCGGUCAUGGCGGCCGCCCGCAGGGACAGAGACUCAACUGACUCAGUCAUUGCACUUGCCGAUUCCCCAGCAACAUCCAGUUGCUAUGGUGACACGGACAGCGAGGAAAGCUUUGGGGCUAAGACGUCGUUGGUGACCCGAGGAAUUCUGGGAAAGGUCAAGGGUCAGAUAAGGAUGGUGGCAUCCACAAACGAUGAGCGGUGACGCCGAAGAGAAGCAACCAAAGAGGCGAGCAGCCACCGAGAGUUUAAAUGCCAUACUGACAGACGAGACGGGACAGACCGUGGUCUCACUGUGGCUCUCUGCUCGGCCACACGGUGCUUCAAGAUCAACUCCCAAGUCAUGUGAAUAAGUAGGAGAUAUUCUGUAGUUGUAACUGUCUCUAUGUCCUUUCCAAAUCAUGAUUCUGAGGCUCUGUGUUGAAGUAAAUGUGCUCUGGUGCAGCCUGAGAGACAUAAAUCACA